UAGCUACACAAACUUAUUUGUUGUGUUUUCUAGUUGGAGGAGGUUUAAAUCCAGUUGUCGUUUUAAAGCCAAAUAUCAGCUUGUAAACUUUAAAGCAGUAAAGAUGGCGUUGCUUUGUCAUGUGUGUGUCAAAUGAUGAUGAAGAAUAAACCGUGAAAGAUACCAUAGAAUAAAGUUGAUGAGUGGAGAGCAGUAUGUCUCCGUCACAUACUUAUAUUUCACCCCUGUGUUUUGGUCAUUUAACAUUUUCUUUUCUGCAACUAUUUACAUUACAUUGCAUUUACAUUAAACUUAUUCUUUGUCUUUUAGGGUAAACCUUUUUUUAUUUUCUCAUUAGUACCAACACGGUAUAUAUCUUAACAUACUUCCUGUUCUGUUGUUUGUUAAUGACAUGAAUGAAAACAUCCAGAUACUGUAAUAUAAUAAAAAAACAUAUUCUUGUUUAUACAGCUCUGAAUCUGUCUGUUAAAACAGUUGUAAAAUGUUAAUUACAUGCUUUACAAUGAGUUUUUGCAACAAUUACUCUAUAUAGUUAAUAUAGUUAGUAUUUGUCACGAACGCACGGAUGAGGACCCAAAUGCACAGCGUAACACAGCUUGACGGUGGUAAAAGGAUGGUUUAUUCCAGGUUACGGGAUCAGUUCAGGCAGAGUCAUACACAAGAGGUUAUGCGGGUUUAAACGAGGUCAGGCAGAGACAGCGUCAGGGACAGGCAAGGUUCAUACACGAGAGGCAGGUUUACAAUACCAAGUCGUCAGGUGGGGAAUCGUGGUCAGGCAGGCAGACAAGGUCGGUAACAUGCAGAGAAGAAGACCAGGGCAAGACAGGCAGGGAUAAGGCAGGCUCGGAAUCAGCGGUCAAAAACAGGGUACACGAUACACGGCAGGACUGGAUCAAUGAACUGUAAAAUGACGAUAACACACAUACAACGAUCUGGCGGAGAACUAAGAACACAGGUGGUGGUUAAAUACAAGAAGUGAUUACUGAUUUAAAACAGGUGUGUGUAAUGACCGGGUGAUGCAGGAACAGCUGUGACGUGACAUAAACUGGAAGUGAAGCUCGAACUGAAACAGAAACCUGGGAGACUACCAAAAUAAAACCGGAAAUGGAAACUAGAACCCCAAACCAUGAUAAUAUGGCCAAUGAACAAAGUCCUUUUCAAAAUAAAACUGAGCACAGAACCAGAACCUGACAGUAUUUUAGUCUUGAUAAGAAUUGAAUUACAAAUUUGAAUUACUGAAGAGAAUAAAACAAUACACCUGUUAUUUAUUUUUUUAUUUUUUAUUAUUAUAAUUUAAAAACCUUAGAUGGCGUUAUAUCAGAACAUAACCUAUACAGGAUUUCUUGUCUCGUUAAUAAGUAAGUACACUGACGUACCAAUGAUGGUAACUUAUUGGGAAAAUCUGCUCCUGCUUCCUUUUUCACUGCAGCCUUUUGUUUAUUUUGCUGUGUCAUGACUUUUUUGUGUCACAAUAGCUGUUGUUAGUUGGUUCCUCCAAGAGUCUGUCUGUCUUUUGCUUGUUAAACUAACAGACUUUCUUCAUGUUGUGUUUUAGUAGAGUCAGAGCAAGAGCAAGAGUUAGCUGAUGGUCAGCAGCUGGUUGUUACGGUGUCUCCUCUUACUGAGGACUGAAGCAGCUUUUCCUGCUUCCAUCAGCCUGUAGAGGAGGGGGAGAUGAGCUGCUGCUCACCUGAGGGAAACACCCUCCUGUGGCGAAUACCGAAACCUGUCUGGUUUUCUCCUGUCUGUCCACUCAAGCCCAGCUAACUCGUGUCUGUGUAAUGGACUGUAACAUAGCAGUUUGCAAAUAAAAUAUAAAAUUUAGUGGUAGCCCUGUUUUUAGUCUCAAAAAACCCUUACAUACAGUACGUCGCCAUCACGUCCCUCACAUACAGACAUGUUGGAAAAUGUCAUGGCUGUGGCGAGUUAUAGAAAAGAUGUCCUUGCAACUGGAUUGUCAUCAUAACAAGAUUGGGACUUAAAAAACACUCCAUUACAAGUCAGAAUGCUGCAUUCAGGGGAUCUCAUCCUUCUAAAUAUUGUAAAUGUGUUACUUGUUAUUGUACCCUUUAACUUUGGACACUGGCUACCUCCACUAACGACCAAGUAUGACCUUAGGUUUGGUCAGAACAGUUUUCAAUAACUUAUUACAGUAAAUGUUAAAAGUUUUAAGAAUAACAUUUCCUCCAUCAGCAUGUGUUUGCUGGGCUGCAGCUUCAUGUCUCCAUCUAGUGUCUAAUAGUAGAAGUAGAGCUAAUAUGAACCAGAGAAGAAGAGACAAUGAGUAGAGGAGCAGCUGAUAUUGCCACAAGACUAAUAAAGAAGGGAAUUUUUAUGUUGAUGUGCAGAUGAAUGGUUUGUGUUUCCUCUCCAUAUGAAGGUAGAAAGUCUGUGUCAGCUGAUGUGGAUGUAAAUUCAACAGCAUGAAUCAGUGUGACGACAGCAAGGACUAUAUAACAAUCCAGAGCCAGAACAAUGCUCAGAGUUCCCAUCAGAGACAAGAAUCUGCUGAACAUGGAUCUAAACCUGAACCCAGUUGUGUGUCCUUAAAGAGCAAUGGCUCUAAGGAAUUUGGCAUAACUUUUAAAGACCAACCUGUGUCAGAGCCAAAAGUGGACCAGCAGAGCUCAGAGGUUCCCAGUGACCAUCCUGUCCAGCAGCACCAAACACACCUGGACUCCAUAUUUAUGCUGCUGGAGGAAAACAUUGUCACAUUUGCGAAGAAGGAGUUAAAGAAAAUGCAAAAGGUUCUGAGUCCAGAUUACCCAGAAUGCUUAAAGAGUCAGUGGGAGGAUGAGGAGGAGUUGGAUGGUGAGGAUGAAGAGCAGAGGAGGAGCAGCAGAGACGCAUUUCUGAAGAUCACAGUGAUAUUCCUGAAGAGGAUGAAGCAGGAGGAGCUGGCUGACUGUCUGCAUAGAACUACUGCUGCAGUUUGUCAGCAUCAACUUAAAUCUCACCUGAAGCAGAAGUUCCAGUGUGUCUAUGAAGGCAUCGCUAAAGCAGGAAACCCAGUCGCUCUGAACCAGAUCUACACAGAGCUCUACAUCACAGAGGGAGUAAUUAGAGAGGUCAACAAUGAACAUGAGAUCAGACGCAUUGAAACAGCCUCCAGGAAUCAAUACAAAGCAGAAACAUCCAUCAGACCAGAAGACAUGUUUAAAGGCUCAGCUGGAAGAGAUGGAGCCAUCAGAACAGUGAUGACAAAGGGAGUGGCUGGAAUUGGGAAAACCGUCCUAACACAGAAGUUCACUCUGGACUGGGCUGAAGACAAAGCCAACCAGGACAUACAGUUCACAUUUCCAUUCACCUUCAGAGAGCUGAAUGUGCUGAAAGAGCAAAAGUUCAGCUUGGUGGAACUUGUUCAUCACUUUUUUACUGAAACCAAAGAAGCAGGAAUCUGCAGCUUUGACCAGUUCCAGGUUGUUUUCAUCUUGGACGGUCUGGAUGAGUGUCGACUUCCUCUGGACUUGAACAAGACUAAAAUUCUGACUGAUGUCACAGAGUCCACCUCAGUGGAUGUGCUGCUGAUAAACCUGAUCAGGGGGAACCUGCUUCCCUCUGCUCGCGUCUGGAUCACCACACGACCUGCAGCAGCCAAUCAGAUCCCUCCUGGGUAUGUUGACAUGAUGACAGAGGUCAGAGGGUUCACUGACCCACAGAAGGACGAGUACUUCAGGAAGAGGUUCACAGAUGAGCAGCAGGCCACAACAAUCAUCUCCCACAUCAAGACGUCACGAAGCCUCCACAUCAUGUGCCACAUCCCAGUCUUCUGCUGGAUCACUGCUACGGUUCUGGAGGAUGUGUUAAAAACCAGAGAGGGAGGAGAGCUGCCCAGGACCCUGACUGAGAUGUACAUCCACUUCCUGGUGGUUCAGACCAAAGUGAAGAACAUCAAGUAUGAUGGAGGAGCUGAGACAGAUCCACUCUGGAGUCCAGAGAACAGGAAGAUGAUUGAGUCUCUGGGAAAACUGGCUUUUGAGCAGCUGCAGAAAGGAAACCUGAUCUUCUAUGAGUCAGACCUGACAGAGUGUGACAUCGAUAUCAGAGCAGCCUCAGUUUACUCAGGAGUGUUCACACAGAUCUUUAAAGAGGAGAGAGGACUGUAUCAGGACAAGGUGUUCUGCUUCAUCCAUCUGAGUGUUCAGGAGUUUUUGGCUGCUCUUCAUGUCCAUCUGACCUUCAUCAACUCUGGAGUCAAUCUGCUGUCAGAACAACAGUCAACAUCGUGGUGGUUUAAAUGGUUUAAAAUCAAAUCAACAUUGUUCUAUAAAAGUGCUGUAGACAAGGCCUUACAGAGUCCAAAUGGACACUUGGAUCUGUUCCUUCGUUUCCUACUGGGUCUUACAAUGGGAAUUAAUCAACCUGUGCAAAGAAGUCUCGUUUUACAAACAGGACGUACUUUGCAAAACAGUCAGAAAACAGUUCAGUACAUCAAAGAAAAGAUCUCAGAGUCUCCCUCUGUAGAGAAAAGCAUAAAUUUGUUCCACUGUCUGAAUGAACUGAAUGAUUGUUCUCUAGUGAAGGAGAUCCAACAGUACCUGAGAUCAGGAAGUCUCUCCACAGAUAAACUGUCUCCUGCUCAGUGGUCAGCGCUGCUCUUCAUGUUACUGUCAUCAGGAAAAGAACUGGACGUGUUUGACUCAGUUAAAUACUCAUCACGCUUUUCAGAGAAUGAUCUCUUUUUUGUACUCGCCGUGAUCAAAGUCUCUAGGAAAGUUGUACUGAGCAACUGUGGCCUAACAGUGAGAAGCUGUAAGGCUCUGUCUUCAGUUCUCAGCUCUCAGUCCUCUAUUCUGAGAGAACUGGACCUGAGUAACAACGACCUGCAGGAUUCAGGAAUGAAGCUACUGUGUGAUGGACUGAAGAGUCCUCACUGUCAACUGGAGACUCUGAGACUGAGUGGCUGUAACCUGUCAGAGAGAAGCUGUAAAGCUCUAACCUCAGUUCUCAGCUCUCAGUCCUCUAGUCUGAGAGAACUGGACCUGAGUAACAACAACCUAGAGGAUUCAGGAGUGAAGCUACUGUGUGAUGGACUGAAGAGUCCUCAAUGUCAACUGGAGACUCUGAGGCUGUCAGGUUGUCUGAUCACAGAGGAAGGCUGUGCUUCUCUGGCUUCAGCUCUGAGCUCCAACCCCUCGCAUCUGAGAGAACUGGACCUGAGCUACAAUCAUCCAGGAAACUCAGGAGUGAAGCUGUUGCCUGGAGGGGAGGAUCCACACUGGAGACUGGACACUCUCAGGGUGGAGCCUGGUGGAGUUCGAUGGGUGAGACCAGGUCUGAGCAAGUAUUUCUGUCAACUCACAAUUGACACAAACACAGUGAACAGUGAACUACAACUGUCUGAUAACAACAGGACGGUGACAUGUGUGUGGGACUGUCAGUCAUAUCCUGAUCAUCCAGACAGAUUUGACUACUGGUCUCAGCUGCUGUGUAGUGAUGGUCUGACUGGUCGCUGUUACUGGGAGGUUGAGUGGCGAGGAGGAGUUCAUAUAUCAGUGAAUUACAGAGGAAUCAGAAGAAAAUUAAAUAAUGAAGACUGUUUGUUUGGACACAAUGACAAGUCCUGGAGUCUGAGCUGCUCUGAUGAUGGUUACUCUGUCUGGUACAAUAACAUAGAAACAUGCAUCCCCUCUUCCUCUGUGUCUCACAGAGUAUCAGUGUUUGUGGACUGUCCUGCUGGUUCUCUGUCCUUCUACAGCGUCUCCUCUGAUAAACUGAUCCACCUUCACACCUUUAACACAACAUUCUCUGAACCUCUUUAUGUUGGGUUUGGGUUCGAGUCUCCUGGUUCCUCAGUGAUUCUGUGUAAAGGUUGGCACUGAGAAUCCCAUCUAUAGUUCUGUCUGUUCAUGUCUGUGUCAUUUUUCAGAUUCAUGUAUUAAAAUCAGUUUCUUUCUGAACAGGAAUUUCUUCCUCUUUCAGUCUUUUAAAGAUGGAAGCUCUGAUUUUUAUACUGUACAGUAGGAUGGAUGUUGCAAAGUUGUUUAUUUAUUUUCAGCUCUGAUAUUUUUUUUCUCUGAAACUUAAGUCAACAGAUGACAAUUAUAUUACUGUAUUUACUGCCAAUCUGUGUACAUUAUUGAUUUCACCUCAUCUCAAAAAUGUCCCACAGUAAGAGAGAAUUCUGCCAACCUCGGACAGUAAUUUUUGCCGCUUACCAAAGUAAAAUACAACAUCAAAUGGAGUGGGCGAUAUGGCUUCAAAAUUACCACAAAACAAAAAAAUAAUCUUGAACAAGAAACACCGGCAGGCUGGGGCUGCUGGGUCCAAGUAUGGCCAGAUUGUUCUGUCCGGAUUCCAGGGGACGAAGGAGCCAAAUGCACAGCACAGACAAUGACAGUAGUUUUUAAGAUUUAUUUCUCUCUCUGUGGUCAAACAGUCACAGGUCGAUACACAAGUUAGCAGAAGAAGCAGUACAGGCAGGUGCCACAGGCUGGACGUUUAUAUUGGCUUUUUUUAUUUAUUUGUCAGGUUCUGCUUCUGUUUUCAGUUUUAUUUUGAAAGUACUUUGUUCAUCAGCCUUAUCAUCAUGUUUUGGGUUCCAGUUUCCAUUUCCUGUUUUAUUUUGGUAGUCUCCCGGUUUCGGUUUCCGUUCUAGCUUCACUCCCAGUUUACGUCAUGUCACAGCUGUCCCUGCUUCACCCGGUCAUUAUCCACACCUGCACUUCAUCAGUAAUCAAUUCACCUUGCAUUUAAGCACCACUUCUCACCCCAGUACCUCGCCAGAUCGUUGAUUCUAUGACCGCACGCUCCAGCAUCGUCUUAUUCAGCUUAUCCUGUUACCGAUCCAGUUCCGUACCUCUGACCAUCGCUUCUCGCCUGAUCCUGACCGGUAUCGUAAAUCUCUGAUUCUGUUGCUGAACUCUGCCUGUUUUUGGACCUGUCUAAGCCUGCCGAUUCUGUCUCUGUGAUCUGAACUUUUUGGUAUUGAUACGCCUGCUACUGGACCCGAUUACGCCUAUCCCCUGUGUGCUGUGAACCCGUGCUUACCCGUGUAUGAUUUGGACCGUCUGUGACCUGGAUUCUUGUAUUAAAUAUCCCUUUAAUCAUA